AUGAUGGCCAACAACUACGGCGACGACCAGCAGUACUACCAGGGCACGGAGUUCGGCGAGGAGGACGACGAGAUGCCCGCCACGGAGAAGGACCUGGCCGAGGACGCGCCGUGGAAGAAGAUCCAGCAGAAUACAUUCACUCGCUGGUGCAACGAGCAUCUCAAGUGCGUCAACAAGACCGUGACAGACCUCCAGAAGGACUUCGCGGACGGGCUCAAGCUCAUCUCGCUGCUGGAGGUGCUGAGCCAGAAGAAGAUGUACCGGAAGCACCACAGCAGGCCCAACUUCAGGCAGAUGAAGCUGGAGAACGUGUCCGUGGCUCUAGAGUUCUUGGACAGAGAGAGAAUUAAGCUGGUGUCUAUAGAUAGCAAAGCCAUUGUGGAUGGAAAUCUGAAGCUGAUCCUGGGUCUUAUCUGGACUCUAAUUCUGCACUACUCCAUCUCUAUGCCCAUGUGGGACGAUGACGAUGAUGAAGAGACAAAGAAACUCACCCCCAAACAGCGACUGCUGGGCUGGAUCCAAAACAAGGUGCCCCAGCUGCCCAUCAACAACUUCAACCGCGACUGGAGAGAUGGAAAAGCCCUGGGAGCUCUGGUGGACAACUGCGCGCCAGGCCUGUGUCCAGAUUGGGCUGAGUGGGACCCUAACCAGCCUGUGGAGAAUGCCAGAGAAGCCAUGCAACAAGCGGACGACUGGCUGGGCGUUCCUCAGGUGAUUGCCCCAGAGGAGAUUGUGGACCCAGAUGUAGAUGAGCACUCCGUCAUGACCUACCUGUCCCAAUUCCCCAAGUCCAAACUCAAGCCUGGUGCUCCUCUACGAUCCAAGCAACUGUUCCCCAACAAGGUCAAAGCCUAUGGGCCUGGUAUUGAGCCCCAUGGUAACAAAGUGUUGCAGCCUGCGGUCUUCACUGUGGAGACCCUGGAGGCCGGCAGCGGUGAGGUCCUGGUCUAUGUAGAGGAUCCUGAAGGACACAAAGAGGAGGCAAAGGUUAAACCAAACAAAGACAAGAUUCAAACAUAUACAGUCACCUAUCUGCCUAAAGUCGAGGGUCUCCACAAGGUGAAAGUGUUGUUUGCAGGUCAGGACAUCGAUAAAAGCCCCUACUCUGUUAAUGUGGCUAAAGACAUGGGUGACCCCAGUAAGGUCCAUGCAAGAGGACCAGGCUUGGAGCCCACAGGGAAUGUAGCCAACAAACCCACCUAUUUUGACAUCUACACAGCGGGCGCUGGGAAUGGAGACGUGAGUGUGGUCAUAGUCGAUCCCCAGGGCAAACAAGACACAGUGGAGCUAAUUUUAGAAAACAAGGGUGACAGCGUGUUCCGCUGCACCUACAGGCCCUUGCUGGAGGGUCCUCACAUCAUCCACGUCCUGUUUGCGGGACAAGGAAUCACCAGGAGCCCAUUCACUGUCAACAUUGCAGAGGCUCCACAGGGUGCUCCUCCCUUAGGGGCUCCACAGCAGAUAGCACCACAGUCAAUGCGUGCCCCUCCUGGAGGUGGGAAGGGGGCUGUCCCCUCAAAACCAGGACGCCCAACCAUCAACCCGAACGCCUGCCGAGCUACAGGCAGAGGUCUUCAGCCUAAAGGGGUGAGAGUAAAGGAGGUUGCAGACUUCAAAGUCUUCACCAAGGGAGCUGGCAGCGGAGCACUGAGCGUCUCUGUCAGAGGACCUAAUGGAGCAGAGGAGCAAGUCAAAGUCCGUGAUGCGGGAGAUGGAGUUUAUGAGUGUGAAUAUUAUCCACAGAAGACUGGGAAAUACACAGUCACCAUUACAUGGGCAGGCCAGCCGGUCCCACGCAGCCCCUUCGAAGUUGAGGUGGGCGCAGAGGCAGGCUUCCAGAAAGUGAGAGCCUGGGGCCCCGGUCUGAAGACGGGCAUGGUUGGGAAAUCUGCUGACUUCGUUGUGGAGGCUAUUGGCACUGAAGUUGGAACUUUGGGCUUCUCCAUCGAGGGCCCCUCUCAGGCUAAAAUUGAGUGUGAUGACAACGGUGAUGGCUCAUGUGAUGUACGAUAUUGGCCCACUGAAGCCGGUGACUAUGCAGUCCAUGUCGUUUGUGAUGAUGAGGAUAUUAAGGACAGUCCCUUCAUUGCGCACAUCCUCCCUGCUGUAAAUGAUGUCUUCCCUGAGAAAGUGAAAGCGUUUGGGCCUGGGCUGCAGCCAGCGGGUGUGAUUGUCAACAAACAAACCGAAUUCACCAUUGAUGCUCGCAUGGCCGGAAAAGGUCAACUGAAGAUCUACGCUCAGGAUGCAGAGGGAUGCUCCAUCAACAUCAAGAUUGCUGACAAGGGAGACGGCACGUUCCACUGUGUGUACACUCCACUCAAGCCCAUUAAGCACACCAUCAUCAUCACCUGGGGUGAAGUCAACGUACCCAAAAGCCCCUUCAGGGUUCUGGUUGGAGAGGGAUGUCAUCCUGACAGAGUCAAGGUCUAUGGGCCUGGAGUGGAGAAGACAGGGCUCAAGGCUAACGAGCCAACAUACUUCACUGUGGACUGCAGUGAGGCCGGCCAAGGGGACAUCAGCAUCGGUAUUAAGUGUGCUCCGGGCGUGGCAGGGCCAGCAGAGGCAGACAUCGACUUUGACAUCAUCAAAAAUGACAAUGACACCUUCACCGUCAAGUACACACCGCCCGCACCCGGACGUUAUACGAUCAUGGUUCUGUUUGCUGACCAGGAAAUUCCUGUGAGCCCAUUCAAAAUCAAAGUGGAUCCUUCCCAUGAGGCCGGCAAAGUGAGAGCUGAGGGCCCUGGACUGAAUAAGACAGGAGUAGAAGUAGGCACGCCUACUCACUUCACCAUCUACACAAAGGGAGCUGGCAAAGCUAAGCCUGAGGUGCACUUUGCAGCAUCAGCCCCGGGAGAGGCUGUUCGUGACUUCGAAAUCAUUGAUAAUCAUGACUACUCCUACACUGUCAAGUACACCGCUCUUCAACAGGGGAACAUGGCUGUUACAGUUGUGUAUGGAGGCGAUCCUAUUCCCAAGAGCCCAUUCCACAUCACCGUGUCACCCCAGCUGGAUUUGACAAAGGUUAAAGUAGAGGGAUUAGACACCAAAGUGGAGGUGGGAAAAGACCAGGAGUUCACUGUAAACACAAAAGGUGCUGGUGGGCUGGGCAAUGUCGGCGUCAAGAUGACAUCACCUACUGGCCGACCAAUCCCGUGCAAGAUGGAGUCUGACCAAGCCAAAGGCAUCCAUGGUGUGAAGUAUAUACCCCCAGAGGAGGGGCAGUACAAGGUUGAUGUCAGCUAUGAUGGCAACCCGGUGAUGGGCAGCCCCUUUGGAGUUGAAGCUGUGAUGCCUGCUGAUCCUUCAAAGGUCCGAGCUUAUGGUCCCGGCCUUAAGGGAGGUGUCGUUGGAAAACCUGCUCUGUUUACAAUCGAUACAAAAGGUGCUGGAGCUGGGGGUCUGGGUUUGACAGUGGAGGGUCCCUGCGAGGCAAAGAUGGAAUGCCAGGACAAUGGAGACGGCACCUGCUCCGUAGCCUACCUGCCCACUGAGGCCGGAGAAUAUGCUAUUAACAUCCUAUUCGCUGAGCAGCACAUCCCAGGCUCCCCUUUCAAAGCUGCCAUCCGCCCUGCGUUUGAUCCCAGCAAAGUGACGGCCAGCGGGCCCGGUCUGGACAGGGCCAAAGCUGGUGAACCUGCCACUUUCACUGUGGACUGUAGCAGAGCUGGAGAUGGCGAGCUCACCAUUGAGAUUGUGUCUGACGCUGGAGUCAAAGCUGAGGUGCACAUUCAGAAAACAGCAGAUGGCACUUUCUCAGUCACAUACAUCCCGUCUUUCCAUGGCACACACACCAUCACCAUCAAGUAUGGCGGUCAUGUGAUUCCACAGUGUCCCAAAGUCCUGCAAGUGGAGCCCUCUGUGGACACAGCCGGGGUCCAUGUCUACGGCCCUGGAGUGGAGCCGAGAGGGGUCCUUAGGGAAGUCACAACCCACUUCAUCGUUGAUGCUCGGGCUCUGAACAAGACUGGAGGAAACCAUGUUAAAGUCCAUAUUAUGAAUCCAUCUGGGGCCAACACUGAGGGCUUCAUCACUGACAAAGGAGACGGCACAUAUCGGGUGGAAUACACAGCAUAUGAGGAUGGGAUGCAUCUCAUCGAGGUGCUGUACGAUGACGCGGCCGUUCCCAAGAGUCCAUUCAGAGUGGGGGUGGUGGAGGGCUGUGAUCCGACACGGGUGCGCGCUUUUGGACCGGGUCUGGAAGGAGGCAUCACUAACAAGCCCAACUGCUUCACUGUGGAGACAAGAGGGGCUGGUACUGGUGGUCUGGGUCUGACUAUUGAAGGAGCAUCAGAAGCCAAAAUAUCCUGCAAAGACAACAAAGACGGCAGCUGCAGUGUGGAGUACGUCCCUUUCACUCCCGGAGGCUACGACGUUAACAUUAACUAUGGAGGGCUCCCCAUUCCCGGCAGCCCGUUCCGCGUCCCAGUCAGAGACCCAGUGGACCCUACCAAAGUGAAAUGCUCUGGUCCAGGAUUGGGGUCUGGAGUCAGGGCCCAUGUGCCUCAGACGUUUACCGUGGACUGUACUCAAGCGGGACAGGCACAGCUGGAUGUCAAACUAUAUGGACCCACAGGCACUUUGGAGCCUGUUGGUGUGAAGAAUAAUGGUGAUGGGACACACACUGUCCAUUACACCCCAGCCCAGGACGGCCCUUACACUGUCUCAGUGAAAUAUGCAGAGAAGGAAGUCCCACACAGUCCAUUCAAGGUGAUGUCUCAGCCUGGGCAUGACGCCAGUAAGGUUUGCGCCAGUGGUCCUGGUCUAGACACGAAAGGUGUGCCGGCCAGCCUGCCUGUUGAGUUCACUAUUGAUGCGCGGGAUGCUGGAGAGGGAUUGCUUACAGUGCAGAUUUUGGAUCCAGAAGGAAAGCCCAAAAAUGCAACUAUCCAAGACAACAGAGACGGCACCUACACAGUGUCAUAUGUACCUGACUCCACAGGCCCUUACACAAUCACUAUAAAAUAUGGAGGAGAUGAGAUCCCCUACUCUCCAUAUCGCAUCCAGUCUCUUCCCACUGGGGAUGCGAGCAAGUGCCAGCUCACUGUGUCUAUUGGAGGCCACGGCAUGACGAGUCUUCAGAAGCUGCAGACUUCUGAGGACACAGUCAUCACUGUUGAUGCAAAGGCUGCUGGGAAGGGCAAGGUGACCUGUAAGGUUCAGACUCCACAGGGAAUGGAGCUGGACAUGGAUGUGGUGGAGAAUCACGAUGGUACCUUUGACAUUUACUACACCGCCCCAGAACCUGGGAAAUAUGUUAUUACCAUCCGCUUCGGGGGGCAGAACAUCCCCAAGAGCCCCUUCCAUGUGCUUGCCACAAAUGAGCCAGUCGCACCCCGUGAUCCUGUGGACCCUCUUUUCCGCCCUGUAAAUUUCCUCGUCCCCUUCACACCACAGCAAGGAGAAAUCACAGGUGAAGUGCGGAUGCCUUCAGGCAAAACUGCUCGCCCACAUAUCACUGACAAUAAGGAUGGCACCAUUACUAUCAAGUACCAGCCCACAGAGAGAGGCCUUCAUGAGAUGGACAUUAAAUAUGAUGGAAACCACAUUCCAGGAAGUCCACUGCAGUUCUUUGUGGAUGCAGUAAACAGUGGAGUGGUAACUGCUUUUGGCCCAGGGCUGAGUUAUGGCAUGGUCAACAAGCCGGCUACAUUUACUGUGGUCACCAAAAAUGCAGGAGAAGGCGGCUUGUCUCUUGCUGUGGAGGGACCGUCCAAAGCAGAAAUCACUUGUAAGGACAACAAAGAUGGCACCUGCACAGUGUCUUACUUGCCCACUGCCCCUGGAGACUACAACGUCAUCGUGAAGUUUGACAACAAGCACAUUUCUGGCAGUCCCUUCACCGCCAAGAUAACAGGGGAUGACUCUAUUACCAGGACGUCCCAGCUGAACGUGGGCACAUCAGCAGAUGUGUCGCUAAAGAUCGCAGAGACUGAUAUUAGCUCUCUCACUGCAAGCAUCCGGGCGCCAUCAGGGAACGAGGAACCCUGUCUGCUCAAACGCCUGCCCAACAGACACCUGGGCAUCUCAUUCACCCCAAAGGAGGUUGGCGAGCACGAAGUGAGCGUGAGGAAGAGCGGCGUGCAUGUGGCUAACAGCCCGUUCAAAAUAAUGGUCGGUCAGUCCGAGAUCGGAGAGGCCAGCAGGGUCAAGGCGUUCGGGAAAGGACUGGUGGAGGCUCACACUUUUGAAAUGGCAGAGUUCUUUGUGGAUACAAGAAAUGCAGGUUACGGGGGUCUUGCCUUAUCGAUUGAGGGUCCGAGCAAAGUGGACAUCAACUGUGAGGAUGUGGAAGACGGGACUUGCAAAGUCACUUACUGCCCAACCGAACCUGGGAACUACAUCGUUAACAUUAAAUUUGCAGAGAAGCACAUCCCAGGCAGUCCAUUCACAGUGAAGGUGACCGGCGAAGGCAGGAUCAAAGAGAGCAUUACGAGAAAAAGGCAGGCGUCCUCCCUAGCUUCUGUGGGAAGCACAUGUGGGCUUAACCUCAAGAUCCCAGGAAACUGGUUUCAGAUGGUGUCCGCUCAGGAGAGACUUACAAGAACCUUCACACGAAGCAGCCAUACGAGUUAUACACGGACCGAGCGCACAGAAAUCAGCAAGACCCGCGGGGGGGAGACCAAAAGAGAGGUCCGGGUGGAGGAGAGCACCCAGGUGGGGGGAGGAGGCAGCCCCUUCAGAGAUGUCUUUGGAGACUUUCUGGGCAGAGACAGCCUCAGCAGCUUUGCAGGAAUCACGGCAAGACCAGAGGUGGAAAGCGGCUCACAGGCGAUGACCGCGCAGGUCACCAGCCCCAGUGGCAAAACCGCAGAUGCCGAUAUUGUGGACGGAGGGAGCAGCACUUACAGCGUUCGCUUCAUUCCACAAGAAAUGGGCCCCCACACCGUCAAUGUCAAAUACAGGGGCCAGCAUGUUCCCGGGAGCCCCUUCCAGUUCACCGUGGGGCCGAUGGGGGAGGGAGGGCCGCACAAGGUCAGAGCCGGAGGUCCUGGUCUGGAGAGAGGCGUUGCUGCAGCGCCAUCUGAAUUCAGUAUUUGGACCAGAGAGGCUGGAGCUGGUGGACUGUCCAUCGCUGUGGAGGGGCCGAGUAAAGCGGAAAUCUCCUUUGAAGACAGAAAAGAUGGUUCAUGCGGCGUGUCUUACAUAGUGAAGGAACCAGGUGACUAUGAGGUGUCAAUCAAGUUCAACAACGAACACAUCCCUGACAGUCCCUUCAUUGUGCCCAUUGCUACUCUGUCUGACGAGGCCCGCAGGAUAACUGUCACCAGCCUUCAGGAGAAAGACUUGAAGGUGAACCAGGAGGCUACUUUUAUCGUGCAGAGGAACGGGGCGAGGGGUGUGGUCGAUGGCAAAGUGCACACCCCCUCUGGAUCGUCUGAGGAGUGCUACGUGUCUGACCUUGACAGCGACAAAAGCGCCAUUCGAUUUAUACCUCGGGAAAAUGGCGUCCACGCGAUUGAUGUCAAGUUCAACGGAUGUCACAUUCCCGGAAGCCCGUUCAACGUGAGGGUGGGAGAUUUGGGUCUGAUCGGGGACCCGGGCAAGGUGACGGCACAUGGGCCCGGACUGCAGGGGGGGACCACAGGGCUUCCCGUAGAGUUUGUGGUGAACACUUGUAACGCCGGCUCGGGCACGCUCUCUGUCAACAUUGACGGUCCCUCAAAGGUCAAAAUGGACUGUCGUGAGUGUCCUGAAGGCUACAAGAUCACAUACACCCCCAUGGCCCCAGGAAACUACCUCAUCACCAUUAAAUAUGGCGGACCGCAGCACAUUGUCGGCAGCCCGUUCAAGGCUAAAAUAACAGGUGUCAGAUUGUCCGGGGGUCACAGCCUCCAUGAAACCUCCUCCGUUCUAGUGGAAACUGUCACCAAAUCGUCAAAAGUGGGCGGGACCUUCAGCUCCUCUUCUUCCUCCACCACAUCGGCCAAAUUGGCGUCCGAUGCCAGCAAGGUGCUGUGCCGUGGCGCCGGCCUGUCCAAGGCUGUUGUGGGACAGAAAAACAAUUUUACAGUUGACUGCAGCAAAGCCGGCACCAACAUGCUGAUGGUGGGGGUGCACGGGCCCCUUGCCCCCUGUGAGGAGGUGUAUGUAAAGCACAUGGGCAACAAGCUCUACAACGUCACAUACGCUGUCAAGGACAAGGGCAGCUACACGGUUAUUGUCAAGUGGGGCGACGAUAACGCCCCCGGGAGCCCUUUCAAAGUGGCCGUACCUUAA